CUUUGUUGUAAGCUAUUCAUACCGUGGGACAUUUGUAGAAAUUAUGGUAUAUUUUGUGUAAUUUCUCUCCGAUUUUCGGCUAUAAACAAAGAUCUGAGCACCACAAUUUAGAGACUUUGAAUGUUUGCUGUUUUCCGUAUACAUCUGGAGAUGAGUGAGACAUUUGAGAGCAGCUUGUGAGGAAACUUUGCCAUCUGAUCCAGACUGUUAAACACAAAGACGUGUGUGACGACCGUGAACUUAAGCCAUCCAUCUGAUAAGCACCAUGUCGUCCAGCGGUGUUAAACGUGUCAAAUGUGAAGUCUGCUCAAAGUGUUGUAGAGAUAAAUAUAAAUUACAAAGACACAUGCACGUGCAUACAGGAGAGAGACCGUUCAAAUGCGGAAUGUGUUUGAAGGAUUUCUCUUCUAAAAGUAACAUAAUACAACACAUGACAAUCCACACUCGUGAAAAGCAGUCCGAAUGUCGUGAGUGCAAUAAAACAUUCAAAAAGAACUAUAACUUGAAAGAUCAUAUUUUGCGUUUUCACUCUGGCAAAAAACCUUUCCAGUGUGCAGUGUGCACAAAAUGGUAUAUAAAAGCGUGGGACUUGAAAAACCACAUGCUAACUCACACUGGUGAGAAACCUUUCAAAUGCGAUAUAUGCACAAAAUGUUUUCCACAUAGUUCCACUUUGAAAAUUCACAAAAUGGUUCAUACCGGUGAGAAACCUUUUAAAUGUGAGAUGUGCACAAAAUGCUUCACAACAACUACACGCUUAAAACGUCAUAUAUUGAUUCAUACCGGUGAGAAACCUUUCAAAUGUGACACGUGCAAAAAAUGUUUUACACUUGGUUCCAAUUUGAAGAAGCAUAAAAUACGUCAUGCUGGUGAGAAACCGUUCAAGUGUGAUGUUUGCAAGACAUAUUUUACAGCUAGAGCAAGCUUAAAACGUCAUAUGUUUACUCACACUGGCGAGAAACCUUUCAAAUGUGAUAUGUGCACGAAACAUUUCACAGCUAGAGAAAGUUUAAAACGUCACAAAAUGCUUCAUACUGGUGAGAAACCUUUCAAAUGUGAUAGGUGCACAAAAUGUUUUACAGCUAUAGGAGGUUUAAAAUAUCAUAUGUAUAUUCAUACUGGUGAGAGGCCCUUCAAAUGUGAUAUGUGCACAAAAUGUUUUACACUCCGAUCCAGUUUGAAAAAGCAUAAAAUCCUUCAUACUGAUGAGAGGCCUUUCAAAUGUGAUGUGUGCACAAAAUGUUAUAGACAAAGUUCCAGUUUGAGGAAGCAUGAACGCAUUCAUACUGACGAGAAGCCCUUCAAUUUAAAUCAAAUGUGAUUUGUGCUCAAACUAGUCUACAGCCAGUACAACCUUAAAACAUCAUAGGCCUAAUUCGCCAAACUCGCAACUUUGCGAUCUCGCAGUGCAAUGUUAAAAGACUUGCAAAGAGGAUGUUUUGUUGAUUGAUUGAGUGAUUGAUUGCAAAUAUAUUUUAUUGUACAAAGAAUAAAAGAAUUGGGCACAAGUUUGACAACUUACAAGGCCGUCUUCUAUAUUCAUACAAUAUACUUGGCGACCUGGGCUGUUUUGUUGUCUAGCAGAGCCUAAGAGAGCUUUGUGAAUUAGGCCCAGAUGUUGAUUUAUACCGGAGGGAAACGAUUCAAGUGUGAUAUGUGCAAAUAAAAAGAGUUUUACACGGAAUUACAAUUUGAAAAAAAAAAGAAGCCCAACAAAAGACGAAAUGUUUUAUAUGAUAAUGGUGAAAAAACAAACAGAAUAGUUCUCUUUUAUUAUGCAUCUAUUUCAAGUGACAGUCGUAUUUUUAAAACGGACCAUUCCUCACUGUCUGCUUUUCGCGACAGUCGUAUUUUUAAAACGGAUCAUUCCUCACUGUGUGCUUCUCGCGACAGUCGUAUUUUUAAAACGGACCAUUCGUCACUGUGUGCUUUUCGCGACAGUCGUAUUUUUAAAACGGACCAUUCCUCACUGUGUGCUUUUCGCGACAGUCGUAUUUCAAUAAAGAUCAUUCCUCACUGUU